AUGAAGUUGCUAUCUGUCCUUACACUUCUUGUUGCGACCGCUGGCAUACAGCAAACAAUGGGUCAUCCAGCUGCUGGUACUGCUGAUAUAACCCCCAAUACUAAUGACCCUGUAGUCAAACAAUGGCUAAGCACACUAGAUUUGAGUAAUGUGCCUAAUUUAGGCCCCUCUAAUGGUGGGAAGGUUAAUUACAAUCCAACAUUGUGUGGACCACCCACUGUAAUCGCACCAAACCAGGGUUCAUGGACAUGUCAAAAGUUCGUUGCUCCGGAUGACAUCGUUGACUGCCCUGAUAAGCUCACCUGGGGUCUCACAUAUGAUGACGGUCCAUCAGAAUUCACACCCACAUUAUUGACGGCAUUGGCAGCCAACAAUGUCCAUGCAACAUUCUUUGUCGUUGGUUCUCGCGUGGUGUCUCAUCCCGAUAUUCUUAAAAACAUUAUCGGUCAAGGCCAUAACGUCGCAGUUCACACAUAUUCGCAUCCCUCCCUCACUUCUCUUAGUAACGAUCAGGUUGUCGCCGAGUUAAAAUGGACACUCAAGGCUAUCAAGGAUACUAUCGGCCUUACUCCAAAAUACAUGCGUCCUCCAUUUGGCGACACUGAUAACCGCGUCCGCGCAAUUACAAAGGCAGUUGGUUUAACAACGGUUAUCUGGACUGAUGGCUUUGACACAGAUGACUGGUCCCUUACUACCGGCAAAUCCACAAUUAACGAUGUACUCAACAUAUUUAAUUCAUGGGUAGUAAAGGCACCUUCCAUGCCUCGUGGUUUCCUCGUCCUCGAGCACGAUCUCUUUAAACAAACUGUAGACGCAGCCGUUGUUGUCAUUGGCAAGGCUACCAAGACCAAUUUGAUCAUCAAGACAGUUCCUCAGUGUAUCGGUGAUAAUAGCCCUUAUCUCGAAUCGGUCGGUGCUGCGGAUACUGGAUCUCCAAGUAACGGAGUUGCCCUUGCUGUUCAUGCUGUAAUACCAAUAACUAGUGUUAUCAUUGGUUCUCUCUUCAACUUCAUUUAA